AUGUGCGCGGCUGAGAGCAAAAUAGCGGGAGAUAUCACUGGCGCGGAGAUUGAAGGCUUCCUCUAUGGCAAUGUGCAAAAAAUACUGAUCGCAAAGAUAAGCUUCGAUCUUAGCAGAAAAAAAGCACCUACAUUAAGGAAGAAUACUGCUUCAUUUGGCAUGGAGAUUAUAGCCUACCAAAACGCUCAAGUCUCUCGCCAGCGACCAAUGCGGCGUUAAAUUGAAGCUGCUUAUGUGUUCCCGUUUUCACGUGAUUCAUCUAACCUUCAAAGCCGUGUAUAAACAACUUUUUGCUUUGGUUUCUUUAGUUUCUGCGCAAUUCCUAAAAAUUCAGAUAAAUCUUGCUUCAGAGAAACCCUUAAGUUUUUUCUAUAACAUUUUUUGACGAUCAGAUUUUUUCACUAGCUGCAUUCUUGAAAGCAAAACAGAUUAAAAGAUUCCUAAAGGCGUACAAAGUAUCGUGCUUCCUAUACAACUUUUUUGCAUAUCCACAUUGGGAAUCAGGAGUGGUUCGCUCUCCUUCCUUUUUUCAAUUGCAUUUUGUCUUUUUAUUUUUGUCCAAAAAUUGCGCUUUCACUCCAUCCUGUUUAUCAUUAAUAGCCAGAGUCCGUCUCAAUCGCAAAGACUUCCCACAGAACCCGCCAAUGCCUCGCCCGACGUCUGCGGACGUUCAAAUCGGCCUCACUUAUUGAAGUUCAAG